AUGGCCAGUAUAACGGCUCAAGCAACGAUCGAUGCCUUAAAAGUAAUAUUUUCUGUCGAAGGUCUGCCUGAUACCAUAGUCACGGAUAACGGACGGCAAUUCUCAGCGGCCGAGUUCCAGGUUUUUUGUAACAGCAAUGGGAUUACGCAUCUCACCACUGCGCCUUUUCAUCCGGCAUCGAACGGUGAAGCUGAACGCUUUGUGCGCACCUUUAAAACUUGUCCCAUUGGCAGUAGCAAUAAGUCGCCGGCGGAAUUGCUACAUGGCCGCCAGCCAGAAACACGGCUUAAUAUGCUUGUACCCACUCCCACUCAAGGGUCCAGGGCCGGGUCGGAAUCAUCGUACGCUGUUUCGACAAACGUUUACGCCAGGAACUAUGCACGGGGUCCACCGUGGAUUCCUGGUGUAAUUCAAAGCAAAGUGUGCAGUAUGAUGUAUCGC